AUCAACCUGGUUUAUUUGGAAAGAAGCUACUGGCAGUUACGUUUAAAUCCACCCAACCACCACCUCUGGAAGGACUGACUCCACCAUGCGGGCUUUCGUUUUCCUUCCCUUCAUGUUCCUGGCUGUGUUCUCAGUAUCUUCAAAUCAGAUUCCAAAACCAAGUGUUUCCAAACUAGAAGGGAAUCAAGAACCUACACUUGUUCUAGAGGCAAACAAUGGAGCUAAUCCUCUAGGAAGACAAAAGGAAUCUAAUAAGCCAGAAGGUAGUCACACACAAGGAAAACCAGGGAUGAUUAUUCUGCAAGGAAAACCAAGAUAUUCUAACCAGCCAGGGAACCCAGGGAAUUUUGAUCAGCAAGGAAGGCCAGAAGUUCUGAAUCAGCCUUGGGUGUCUAAAACUUGGAUUUUGCAAGAGAAGUCAGGAGAAUUGAACCAAAAAGGGAAUACAGAUGCAGCUUAUGACCAAGGAAAAUCAGGAUCUUCUAGCCAGCUAGGGCAACUGGAAUCUUCUAACCAGCAAGGGAAGCCAGGGUCAUCCAGCCAGCAAGGGAUGUCAGAGUCUUCUAGCCAGCGAGGGAAGCCAGGGUCUUCAAGCCAGCAAGAGAACCUAGAGUCUUCUGGCCAACGAAGGAAAUCACGGUCUUUUUACAUGCAAGAAGAAAGUAAAAAUGUAGACCACCCUUUGAAGGGCAAUGUAAUGGAAAUUCAGCCGGACAGCAUGAACAGCAAAAACCCACCUAGAAAUAAAAAAUGUCAAUCGAUUUACAAACCUGUCUGUGGUUCUGAUGGAAAAACCUAUGGUAACCAGUGUGUAUUUGACCAAGCAAAGAGGUCGAGUAAUGGAAAACUGAAUCUGAAACAUGAGGGGAAAUGUUAAGUGUUUGAGUGAACCAAAUCACCUGGAACAAGUUUGACUUCAAAAUCCAAUUUGCAAUUCUGUUUUCCCUAGGAGUUCAACUGUGAAGUCAGCACCAAUCUUACAGAUCUGAUAGGUCUGUAUUAUUUUUUGAGUUUGUUCCACUGCAAAUAAAUC